UACGAAAACAGCAGAGAUCAUCUUCAGGAAAGGGGUUUCUGACACAUGCGUCACGGAGUAGGAAGCCACAAUCAACACCUGACAGGACGGAGAAUCCUCAGCCUGCUGGGUCAUCAGCGGCUGGAGGGAAAUUCAGGACACCUGCACGUUGUAGAUUCUCCGGUGGGAGUGUCUCUUGACCAUAAUGAAGACCCUGCUGGAAGAUAAAAGCUGCGUUUUGUUGCGGCAGCUCUUGGGUGAGACCUCGGCGAAACAACCACAGCAAGGCUGUGUUUCAUUGAUCUGUCUUCGCCAUGCGUGGUCUCUUCCUUCUCGCUUUGAGUGCUAUCCCGGCGCUCGUCAGCGGUCAACUCUCUGGCAGCGUUGGCCCCUUGACCUCUGCCUCCACCAAGAAAGCGACAAAGACAUGUAACGUACUCAACUACGGCGCCGUAGCCGACAACUCGACCGAUGUGGGGACUGCUAUUGCAUCGGCCUGGGCUGCAUGCAAAAGCGGAGGCCUCGUUUACAUCCCAUCGGGCAAUUAUGCCCUGAAUACCUGGGUCACUCUGACUGGGGGCAGCGCGACCGCAAUCCAGCUGGAUGGUAUCAUCUAUCGCACAGGAACCGCUAGUGGGAACAUGAUUGCAAUCACUGACACCACCGACUUUGAACUUUUCAGUAGCACUUCCAAAGGUGCCGUGCAGGGAUUCGGCUAUGUGUACCAUGCGGAGGGUACCUACGGAGCACGCAUUCUGCGAUUGACCGACGUGACCCAUUUCUCCGUGCACGAUCUGAUACUGGUAGAUGCGCCUGCUUUUCACUUCACCAUGGAUACUUGCUCCGACGGUGAGGUAUACAACAUGGCGAUCCGUGGUGGCAAUGAAGGCGGCUUGGAUGGGAUUGAUGUCUGGGGAAGCAACAUUUGGGUUCACGACGUUGAGGUGACCAACAAGGAUGAGUGUGUUACAGUCAAGAGCCCUGCCAACAACAUCUUGGUAGAGAGCAUCUAUUGCAACUGGAGUGGGGGCUGCGCGAUGGGAUCAUUGGGAGCCGACACGGACGUCACCGACAUUGUUUAUCGCAAUGUGUAUACGUGGUCCUCGAACCAGAUGUAUAUGAUCAAGAGCAACGGUGGCAGUGGAACGGUGUCGAAUGUUUUGCUGGAAAACUUCAUCGGGCAUGGAAACGCUUACUCGCUCGACAUUGAUGGGUACUGGAGCAGCAUGACUGCAGUGGACGGUGACGGGGUGCAGCUGAACAACAUCACGGUCAAGAAUUGGAAGGGAACUGAGGCCGAUGGAACAAAACGACCUCCAAUUCGAGUGGUUUGUAGUGACACGGCUCCUUGCACGGAGCUCACCUUGGAGGAUAUCGCCAUCUGGACCGAAAGCGGCUCGAGCGAGUUGUACCUGUGCCGAUCCGCUUACGGAUCAGGGUAUUGUCUCAAGGACAGCUCUUCACACACCUCGUACACCACGACCAGCACGGUCACCGCGGCUCCAUCGGGGUAUUCGGCGACGACGAUGGCCGCCGACUUGGCAACCGCAUUUGGCACCACGGCCUCCAUUCCUAUUCCGACGAUCCCGACCUCGUUUUAUCCGGGGCUGACCCCGUACAGUACCUUGGCGGGCUAAUAAGCGUGCAUGCGAGGUGGGAAUGGGGUGUCACCGUCGCA